AUGGCAUUCAAUGCAUCCUCCAUCAAAACCUCAUCAGAUGGAAUAUGGCAAGGAGAAAAUCCACUUCAAUAUGCAUUCCCCUUGUUGAUCAUUCAAACCACCUUAGUCAUCCUCACGAGUCGCGCCGUUGCCUUCUUCCUCAAGCCCCUCCGCCAACCCAAAGUCGUCGCUGAGAUAGUAGGUGGUAUCAUUCUUGGGCCAUCAGCACUUGGCAGAAACAAAGAUUUCAUGCACUGGGUAUUCCCAUCAUGGAGCACUCCAAUCCUUGAAUCUGUGGCAAGUAUAGGACUUCUCUUCUUUCUGUUUCUUGUAGGCCUCGAAUGCGAUUUAAAUGCAAUACGUAGGAGCGGGAAGAAAGCAUUAGGCAUAGCCGUUGCAGGUAUAUCUUUUCCCUUCCUCUUGGGCAUUGGAGUCACCUUCCUACAAAGAAAAGCUAUAAAAAUGUCAGAUAGAAAAGGAUAUGCCGAGUAUUUCGUGUUCAUCGGUGUUUCUCUUUCCAUCACCGCCUUCCCGGUCUUGGCUCGCAUUCUAGCCGAGCUCAAACUACUCACGACCGGAGUUGGGGAGACUGCCAUGGCUGCAGCAGCCAUCAAUGACGUGGCAGCGUGGAUCUUGCUUGCCCUGUCUGUGGCAGUGGCCGGUGGCACCCACAGCCCCUUGGUUUCCAUUUGGGUUCUUCUAUCUAGUCUUGCAUUUGUCGGUUUCAUGAUAGUAGUUGUCCGGCCAGUGAUGAACUGGGUGGCAAUAAAAUGCUCGUCUGACCAUAACAUUGUCGACGAGGGCUAUAUAUACUUAACAUUGGCUGCAGUUAUGGUUUCCGGGUUUUUGACUGAUCUCAUAGGAAUACAUGAAAUAUUUGGGGCAUUCAUAUUUGGACUGAUAAUACCUAAAAGGGGAGAAUUGGCAGGAAGAUUGAUAAAAAGAAUUGAAGACUUUGUUUUUGGGCUUCUUUUGCCUCUGUACUUUGCUUCAAAUGGAUUAAAGACCGAUGUUGGUAAGAUAAACGGGGUGGCGGCAUGGGGACUUUUAGCGGUGGUUAUUUCCUCCGCUUGCGCCGGGAAGAUUUUGGGAACAUUCAUGGUGGCUCUGCUGUGUACCAUUCCCGUGAGGGAAUCAUUGACACUUGGUUUAUUGAUGAACACCAAGGGAUUGGUGGAGCUAGUUGUUCUAAACAUCGGCAGAGAGAAGAAGGUUCUCGACGACGAAAUGUUUGCCAUUUUGGUCAUGAUGGCACUCUUCACCACCUUCAUUACAACUCCAACAGUUAUGGCCAUUUACAAGCCAGAACACAGCCUCUCGGCUCUUGGUGGGUGUGAAUUUUGGAAGAAGUUGUCAAAUGCAAAAGGGACAGAUGCAGAGCUCAAUAUCCUAGCCUGUAUUAGGGGACCAGGAGACUCGCCCUCUCUCAUAAACCUUAUCAAGUCAUCUAGCUCCAGUCAAAGGUUCAUAACGAAGCUGUAUGUUAUGCAGCUAGUUGAAUUCACGGAUCGAUCUUCUUCACUAGUUAUGGUUCAACGUGCCAGAAAGAAUGGCAUCCCAUGCAUAGGUCGCUUUCACCAGGGUGAGUCUGAUGAACAGAGAGCAGCAGUUUUUGAAGCAUACAAUCAACUAGGUCGAGUCACAGUUCGUCCAACAACCGCAAUCUCAACAUUAUCUAUCAUGCACGAAGACAUCUGCCAUAUAGCAGAAAAGAAAAGGGCAGCAAUGAUCAUCUUGCCCUUUCACAAACAGUGGAAGAGAGAUGGUGAUCAAGACAUUGAGAUAAAUGUAGGCCAUGGUUGGAGAAAUGUCAAUGAGAAGGUGCUGAUAAAUGCACCAUGCCCAGUAGGUGUGCUUAUAGACCGUGGAUUUGGGCUCGGGGUCCAAAAAAGUUCUAGGGAUAGGGAUCUUCUGAAGAGAGUGUGUGUAGUUUUUUUUGGUGGCCCCGACAGUCGUGAGACACUGAAGUUUGGUAGCAGAAUGGUAGACAAUCCAGAAGUGAGACUUACCCUCAUUAAGUUCGUUGCUAAUGCUGGAUCAGAUGGUAACAUCAAAACCCAGUCGACCUCACUAGAAGUGUCUGUUGAACUGGAUAACAACUCUAUUGCCUCUAUGGAUUACAGAAAAGAAAUGGAACAUGAUGAGGCUGUGCUAGCAGACUUUACAAGUAGCUGCAAUGGGGUUGCAGAGUAUAUUGAGAAAGAAACAAAAGAUAUUGCGGAAGAGGUUUUAGCAAUUGCCCAAAGCAGUGAAUUCGAACUCAUGGUGGUCGGGAAAGGCAGAUUUCCACCCGCAAUGGUGGCUGAGCUGGCCAAUCAUCACAGUGCAUACAAUGAGUUGGGACCGAUUGGAGGCUUGUUAGCCUCCUCGGGUAAUGGAAUUAAGUGUUCUGUGCUUGUGAUCCAACAUCAUGAUUCUACCCAUGACGACAAGAGUUUAAGUUUGAAAAUGUUCAACAAGAAAGAUGGUUCAGCUGAUAAAUGUGUCACAAAUUUGUGA